AGAGGGGAGGGGAGAAGGUGGAGUUUUUAAGGGUCGCUUUUCGUCUUGCUUUCCGCCCUGUCCUUUCUUCCCAGCCAGUAACAAGCGUCUUCGCCUUUGAAGUCCAGCGCCGCAAAGCGCGGUUACCCUCGCGCUAUAAAUAAAAGUUAAGGGCUACGUAGAGGACAACCAGCGUCUUUGAUUUGGGCCGAAGGGACGUCGCUUCGCCGCUCUUCCUCCCUCAGAGUCCGCUGCUGCCUCCCCUUGGAGAUAUGGCGUGCAUGGACAGAUAUCGGUGCUGCACUGACUCCCGGGGGCAGAGCAGCAUUCUCUACAACAUACUGAAGAGCGAGGAGCUGCAGCAGCAGGAAGAGACCAGCCGGCAGCAGCCCGCGCCUCAACCGGGCCAGGGGCCCUACGCUACGGCGCUCGGCUGCUCGUGCGGCAGGCAGAGUCGCGUGGCCCUCAAGAACCCGCAGGUUGCGUGCAAGGCGGCUUCAGCCGUGUUGGUGAAAACGCUGCGCUUCGUCAAAAACGUGCCCUGUUUUCAGGAGCUGCCUCUGGACGAGCAGCUGGUGCUUGUACGCAGCUGUUGGGCUCCCCUGCUCGUGCUGGGGCUGGCCCAGGAUCGAGUGCAUUUCGAGACGGUAGAGACCACGGAGCUCAGCAUGCUCCACAGGAUACUGACCAACAAGCGUUGCGAUGAAGAACGGCGGCGGCGGCAGCUCCAGUUGCUCCGCGAGACGCAGGGGGAGUUGGACCAGAGCUGUGGGAAUGGGAAUGGAAGUUGCGGCAGCGGCAACGCCAAGUUACUGUCGGCGGCAGAGAUCCAAAGCAUCAAAGCUUUUUUGGCCAAAUGUUGGAGUUUGGACAUAAGCACCAAGGAGUAUGCCUACCUUAAGGGGACGGUUCUCUUUAAUCCAGAGUUGCCAGGGCUGCACUGUGUGCAGUACAUCCAAGGACUGCAGCAAGAAGCACAACAAGCCCUAAAUGAACAUGUCAAACUGAUUCACAGAGAAGACCAGGACAGAUUUGCCAAACUGAAUGUGGCUCUUUCUAUGCUUGAAUCAAUUAAUGCCAGUGUUAUUGCAGAACUUUUUUUCAGGCCCAUUAUUGGAACAGUAAAUAUGGAUGAUAUGUUGUUAGAGAUGCUUUGUGCAAAAUUAUGAAAUCAUAUGUGAGGCAUGACAAUUCAGUGUGGAAAGUCUUGACAACAAAAUAGUGUAAAAUAGUGUAAAAUAAACUAACUUAUUGUUUUUAAA